AUGUAUAAAUAAUUGAAUUAAUAAGUUGAAAUCAAAAUAAGAUUUGAUAGCCUACCCUCGAUAUAAGCAAUCUCAAGACAAAGUCUAAACCGAAUUAAAAAAAUCUUUAACCACUCAGAACUUCCAUAAAUUCCUUUUCGAUCAAUUUUUGAAUCUACUGGAUAAUAAAAAAAAUUAACAAUAGACAACUUCGGCCAAGUAGCUGAAUAAAAAUAAAUAAUUUCUACUACUAGAAAAUCUCUUAAAUUAUCAAAAUAUUAAUCUCCUUCAUACUUUUCAAGAAAAAUGCAAUUUAGAAAAUAAUUCCUUAAUUAAUUUAAAUUUGGAAGUAAUACUACUUUAUUUUAGAUAAUUAAUAAAAUAAGUCAAAAAAUGAAUUAGUUACAUGAGUAUAGGAGUGAAAAGGCAAUUCUUUCAGCAGCUGAUAAAUUAAUUAAAUCUCACAUACGUAUUUAAGAAAUAGAAUUGAUUUUCAAAAAUUGUAAACUAAAAGUUUGGUAAUCUGUAGAUACAAUUUUUGUUCGAAUAUACUGUCCUAAAAUGUAAAAGAAGCAAAAAAAUUAUGAAUAUUUUUUAUAGGAUUGUAUUAAUAGAGAAUUGCCCUUUCAUAAAUUCUUAAUUUUGCUUCAAAACAAUUAAAUUAAUUUAAAAAAAUAAAAAUAAACCAGAUUAAUUCUUCUUACAAGUUCUUUAUGA